CGCUCUCUUCUUCUUCUUCUUCUUCUUCUUCUUCUUCUUCGUCUACGCGGUUCCUUCGAAGGCGAGGGUUGGAGUUAGGGUUAGGGUUUCGGGGAGAGAGAUGGCGACGAUGGAGAGCUUGAUCGGGCUCAUGAACCGGAUCCAGAGGGCGUGCACGGUGCUCGGCGACUCCGGCGGGGCCGACGCCGCCUCCUUGCCCUCGCUCUGGGAGGAGCUCCCGUCCAUCGCCGUCGUCGGGGGCCAGAGCUCGGGGAAGUCGUCCGUGCUGGAGAGCAUCGUCGGAAGGGACUUCCUCCCCCGUGGAUCAGGGAUCGUGACGAGGCGGCCGCUGGUGCUGCAGCUUCACCAGACGGAGGGACCUCCGGAAUACGCCGAGUUCCUGCACCUGCCGAAAAGGAGGUUUACCGACUUCGCUCUUGUUCGAAGGGAAAUUCAGGAUGAAACUGAUAGAUUGACUGGGAAAUCCAAGCAGAUAUCCCCUAUGCCGAUUCAUCUCAGCAUUUACUCGCCGCAUGUUGUGAAUUUAACAUUGAUUGAUCUGCCUGGACUUACAAAGGUUGCUGUAGAGGGGCAACCAGAUAGUAUUGUCGAAGAUAUUGAAAAUAUGGUGCGGUCAUAUGUUGAAAAGCCUAAUUGCAUAAUACUGGCAAUAUCACCAGCUAAUCAAGACAUUGCGACUUCUGAUGCAAUUAAGUUGUCUAAAGAAGUUGAUCCGACAGGUGAAAGAACAUUUGGGGUGCUGACCAAGCUGGAUCUGAUGGAUAAGGGAACAAAUGCUCUUGAUGUUCUUGAAGGUAGAUCUUAUCGGUUGCAACAACCUUGGGUAGGAGUUGUUAACCGUUCACAAGCAGAUAUAAACAGGAAUGUUGACAUGAUUCUUGCCCGGCGAAAAGAAAGAGAGUAUUUUUCUUCCAGUCCUGACUACUCACACCUUGCCAGUAGAAUGGGUUCUGAAUAUCUUGCUAAGCUUCUUUCACAGCAUCUAGAGACCGUCAUUAAGGCGCGCAUCCCAAGUAUCACAUCGUUGAUCAAUAAGACCAUUGAUGAACUUGAGUCGGAGAUGGAUAAUCUUGGUAGACCAGUGGCAGUUGAUGCAGGGGCCCAACUGUACACUAUUUUGGAACUCUGCCGUGCGUUCGACCGGAUUUUUAAGGAGCAUCUAGAUGGAGGGCGGCCGGGCGGUGAUCGAAUAUAUGGAGUGUUCGAUAAUCAGCUCCCUGCAGCUCUAAAGAAGCUCCCAUUCGACCGAUAUCUCUCUCUCCAGAAUGUGAAGAAGGUGGUCUCUGAAGCAGAUGGGUAUCAGCCUCACUUAAUUGCUCCAGAGCAAGGCUAUCGGCGGCUAAUAGAGGUCGCUCUGAGCUAUUUCAGAGGCCCCGCCGAAGCAUCGGUGGAUGCGGUGCAUUAUGUUCUAAAGGAAUUGGUACGCAAAUCUGUAGGAGAGACUCAGGAGCUUAAAAGGUUCCCUACUCUCCAAGCAGAGAUUGCGGCUGCUGCCUACGAGGCGCUGGAGCGGUUCCGCGAGGACAGCCGCAAGACCGCGGUCCGCCUCGUCGACAUGGAGGCAUCCUACCUGACCGUCGAGUUCUUCCGGAAGCUUCCGCAGGAGGUCGAAGUCAAGGGCGGGACCGCGGCCGCUGCCGCUGCCGCAGCCUCCACCACAAUUGACCGGUACAGCGAGGGGCAUUACAGGAGAAUUGCCUCCAACGUGUCCUCCUACGUAGCCAUGGUAUCGGAAACGCUCAAAAACACGAUUCCGAAAGCGGUGGUUUACUGCCAAGUCCGAGAGGCCAAGCGGUCCCUGCUCGACCAUUUCUACACACGAGUCGGGAAGAAAGAGACGGAUCAGCUUGGGCGAAUGCUGGACGAGGACCCGGCUCUGAUGGAGCGGAGGCAGCAGUGCGCGAAGCGGCUCGAGUUGUACAAGUCUGCGAGGGACGAGAUCGACUCCGUCUCGUGGGCGAGAUGAGUAGCGAGGUUACAUUUAUCCAUGCGCCAUUAAAAUCGUCGAAAACCGUAUGAUGAGAGCUACAGAGCUACAGAUUUGAUUGUUGUUUGUAAUUUUGUGAUCAUACAUAGCAUUUCUGAGACCCCUAAUUCGGUAGUUCCCCCCGUCCAUCACCAUUUCUUUUUUGAAAUUCUUAGAUACGUUGUUAUACAUUGCCUCUUGUAUAUAUAUAUGCAUGCACAUGCACUACCAUGCACACACACACACACACACACACACACACACAUAUUUGAUUAUUACCAUGUAGAACACUGAUAGUUCUUGCUAUAUAUAUUUACUCUAUUGUAUGCUUA